AUGGAGAAAGCGAUCUCAAAGAACCUGAGAGGAGACGACGAAGAAAAUGCAAGUUUGAUCUCUGCACUUCCCUCAGACGUAGGUUUCGAUGGCACAAAGCUGUUCAAAUACCAAGGAUGUUGGCACGACAGCACAAGUCUCCAAGGAAUCCUCAAUUUCCAAAGAGGUUUCAAGCCACAAGACACUGACAUAAUCGUUGCUUCGUUUCCCAAAUGUGGUACUACUUGGCUUAAAGCUCUUAUAGUAGCUCUCCUUGAGAGAUCUAACCACUCUUGUGAUGAUCAUCCCCUUCUACUUGAUAAUCCUCACGGCUUAGUACCAUUCCCCGAGCUGAGACUCUUCAUGGAAACCUCGAAACCAGAUCUGACCAGUAUCACAUCAUCCCCGAGGCUGUUCUCAACUCACAUGCCGUUGCAUACUCUCCGAGUGGCUCUCAAGAACUCUCCUUGUAAGAUUGUGUACGUGUGGAGGGACGUGAAAGACGCGUUGGUGUCGUUUUGGUACUUCAAGUGCGCAAUUCUAAAGAUAGAAGAAGAGAGGAGCAUGUUGGAGUCAAUGUUCGAUUCGUUUUGCAGCGGAGUCAUCAAUUACGGACCAUUUUGGGAACAUGUCUUGAGCUAUUGGAAAGGAAGCAUGAAAGAUCUUAAGAGUGUGCUUUUCUUGAAGUAUGAGGAGUUGAAAACAGAGCCUCACGUUCAGCUCAAGAAACUUGCUGAGUUCUUGGGUUGUCCUUUUACGGUGGAAGAAGAGAGAGGAUCCGUGGAAGAGAUCUUAGAGCUUUGCUCAUUGCGUAACUUGAAGAAUCUGGAGAUCAACAAGACCGGAAGAACCACUAGAGGGGCCGCUCACAAGAAUUUUUUCCGUAAAGGCGAAGUUGGUGGUUCCAAGAAUUAUCUGACUCCUCAAAUGGAGAAGAGAAUUGAUAUGAUCAUCGCGGAACAUUUUCAAGGUUCGGAUCUGGAAUUUUAAGUCACAUAUCUAUCUUUUAUGUGCCGUUUAAUUGUGCUUUGGUUGAUCAAUGUGCCUUAUGUCGUUGUUAAGUUUAUCAUCUUGUUAAUUACUACUUUUGA